AUGAACUCGUCAUCUUUUCUCAAAAGUCCAAAAGAAGAUAGUGUUCCUUCUUAUAUUCUCUACAGUCCACAAGGCUCAAAACCACUGGAGGGCAUAGUCGUUGAGGGUGGUAAUGUUGGCCGAUACUACGAUAAGGCCACAAGGUCACAGUUACUUCAGAUCACACCUUCUACACAUGUAUCAUUCUUGCGUAGUGCACCGACUCGUACAGGCAGUGGGAGUAUUAGUAGUAGUAGUGGUGCCAAUAACAAAAAAAACAAUAAUAGUGGUUUGACAGCAGGGUCGCAACGAGUCAUAGUUCUACAGCUUUUCUGUGAGGAAUCCGUGCGGGCGGCGUUUUCUCUCACGAUUGAGUUAUUAUUACAAGAUAAAAUGGGUAGACGUCGUAUCAUAUUUAGUAGUAAUUUCCAUAAAUUCCAGCGAUGUGCACAACAUGUAAAAGUUCCAUUACGAUGUGUUUUACCAGGGAUGUGGUUAAACCUUAUUUUAGAUGUACCCCACAUCCAUGCUUUUUUGUAUGGUGAGACCGGGGGACGAUUGUCUGUUGCAGAACUGAGCGACUCUCGUCGUUUACUUUCUGUGACUCUUAGUUCUAGUUGUAUUUGUCGUGUGCGGCGUGUUCUUGGUAUGCCGCAGCUGCCGCCUAUGUUAAUAGAAUCAGACAUCAUGUCAACAUCCGUAGAAGCGGCAGAGUGGCCAGUUUCACUGCGAUUACCGGAGGAGGUGCCAGUGAGUUAUUUUGUUAUUCGCACUGGCCAAGAGGAGUUCCUGCAAUUUCCAUUGGUAACUGCACAGACGGAGAUCCAACCAGCGGAGACUUUUUCUUCUUCCUUUGAAGUUCGACAGGUGAACCGCCGCCCGGCCUCACGUCCUCCUUCUGCUGUGCAAAGUACACGUACAGUGAAGACGGCUGGCGUUUCAACCGCUCCAUUCUCUUCUGCUGUUUCUGAAAGUACAUCGGGAUAUUCGGAUGGAGUUGCAAGAGUGACGGGGCAGUCGUUGUAUGAACAAGAAAAGAUUUACUUGAAUGCGGGAACCUCAACGCGGGAUUCCUUCACCGUCUCUCCAAAUGGGCCUAGGAUAACUGCGAUGCAACAACAACAACAACAUCAUCAUCAUCAUGAUCCUCAUCAUCAUAGUAAUCAUCAAUAUCAGCAAGAACAAGCAAGUUGUGCUUUCACACUCGCAAGACGAUUGAAGGGAUUACAUGAGGAGAGAUCACCGGUGCCGUCUCCUUGCGUCUCCGCCAAACAUCAUGUUGGAGUACAAACAGCAAGGACGGUUGGAGUACAAACACCGAAAGCCCUCUUAGAAGAGCCACGUGUUAAUGGAAUGCGUUCCUCACUCAAAAGAGGACAAGUGAAACCACAGUAUAGAGAUUCCGUACGCGCAACGGAUAUUGAGUGUAUUAUGAUAGAGGAGGAGGCCUGUCCUCGUGUAGAGAGUUGUAAUGGGGAAAGUGAGACGGUGGCACAAGUGACAUCAGCAUGUCCCACACCACAACAACAUAAUACGCCGGCGAGACGAUCACAUGUUGACAAUGGACACAAAGAAAGGGUGAUGACAAAUAAAGUAUCAGAACCUUUUAUAGUGGAAGAUUCUGUUUCUCUUGAAUCAGAUUCGCAUACACCAACUCUUGCUAGCUACCAUCAGACAUUGGAUAUGAUGCGUGAACGCGUUAAACGUAUUCAAGCACUAAUAGGUGACAGUAGUGAGUAUAAGAGUGGUCGUGAUGUGGCACAAAGUUUACCUCAAAAUAAUAUCUCUGGAAGGAAUGGAGAUGUUAGAAAUAACACCAUCAUCAAUAGUAGUAGUAAUAGUGGUAGGAAUAGAGAUGAGGAGAUUCAUCGCAGCGGAAGGUCACGUGUAUAUCCGUCUACUGAUUAUGCUUUAUCCCAACAGGGUGGAAAUGUGAAGCUUCAACAACCACCACCACAACAGCAACAACAGGGUCUAUGUUCGUCACCUCGUUUCCCUAAUUCACAUCUACAACCUGUUGACCGUGAUUUAUGUACGCCUCAAUGUAUGUCGACUACACCUAAGGAUCGGCGAUCCUCGCCAAAUGAACUCGCUAAUACUUGUGCCGUGGCUCGUGACAACAACAAUAACAACAAGAGAAGCAUUAUCAACCCUAAUAAUAAUAAUAAUAAUAAUAAUAAUAAUAAUAAUAAUAAUAAUAGUGAUGUUAUCCAUCAAGAUGACGAUGAUGACGAAGAUGAGGAUGACGAUGGGUUUACGGUAAAUGUCUGUCUCUCCGAGGAACGGGAACGACCGGCUGUUGUGAUCCCUACAGAGGCCACUGCACUUGACAAGAAACCACCCGUGCCGCCAACUCGCCCACACGCACACGCCGUGGACCGUCUCUGCUUUGACACCACACUCUCUGAUGCCGUGUCGGUGGAUCCCGCAAUGCCGUGGUCCUCACACAGAGGCACACAACGGGCGGAUGAAGACAGUCUGCGGUUAUCCGUUCCACCCUCACCACCAUUUGGUGCUGCUGUUCAUGUGAAUACUGUUCAUACGGCUACACCAGUGGAAGAAGAAGAAAAAGUAUCCAGGUUUGUAGCCCGCCGGGGUCGUCUGGGAGAACACACAGAGGCAUUCUUACCACAAUCCCAAUCACAACAACAACAAAAGGAACAGGAACACCAAUACCAACACCAGCAGCAGCAGCAGCAACAACAACAAUACAGACCUUAUUCUGAAGUAAGAACUCUCGCUACUGAACCGCAAACGCCUGGUGAGCAAGAACUUUUAGGCCGAACAACAACGGCAAGUAACACGCCACUUAAUUCUUUGCGUAUGGGUCGCGGUGUUGAAGAGGAUGAGAGUAGCGUUGGCACUAUAGAUUACAGAAGGGCAUCAGGGACUGGUAAGACGGUAAUGGGCAGCGGUCAGUUCAUUCGUGUGGGUAGUUCCCGUACUGGCGAUGAGGGUGAUCCUUUUCAUUCAACCCGCUUUGCGUCAUUGCCGCCACGUUCACCGGCCUCGCAGGGAUGUGCCUCGCAAUUGUCUAUACCACCAGUGCUAUCAUUAUAUGAUGGAAGUGCGAAUCGAGUUGUCCCUUCAUCUAAUCAUAGCGGUAUCACUUUAAUGCAGCAAGAUAAUGGAUCUUUAACGCAUGUGGACAGUAAAGUGACGGCAAUAGGAACUGGAGAAGAAUCAGUAAGUACUACUUCAUCUGAGAAGUUAUUGCCACCGAAAGAUGUAGAUGACACCAAACAAUUUGUGGAGGAUCUCACUGGACCAUUUGUAUUCGAUCCCCUGCUUCAAUGUUGUCUGGACUUGCGUUCUAACACAUACGUUGCUGCUCCUUCAACAGAAGGGUACGCGCAAAAGGGUACCGUGUAG